GUUUUCAUGCUUGUUUUCAUUUGUUCACGAGAUUCGAGCUUCUCACUCUCUGCACUUUUUAAAGUUCAAAGCUUACUUUAACUCAUAAAGAAUCGUGGGUUUGCAACUUGCAAGCUUAAGAUUCAAGAUUUCAUCAAAGGCGAAACAGGGUCAUGGGUUUUGUGAAAAUUUUAAGGGAAAUGGAAGUUUUCAAUUCUUUUUUUUUGGGGGGCUGGAUAGUAUUUGAAGCUUUUGCGGGUUUGAAACCAUUGUUUUAAUGCUAGUUUGAGAGACCAGUGAGAGAAAAUUAGUGUUUGUAAGAGACAGAGAGAGAGUUUGGAUUUUUGUAAAGUUUUUCGGUGAGAAAAUUGAAGAGAAAAUUAGGAUUGAAGCUGCAGAAGGAGCAAAUCGGGGUUUUUUGGUACAUGUAUUGGGUUGUUUAUUUACAUAGGCUAAAGAUUGGGUAAAAGAGGAACCCGAAUUAACAGUAAGUUGAAAGAAGAUAAGCAUUUUUAUAUUUAAGAAUGGGGAGGUUAUGCUUUCCAAAAUGUAGGUUGUCAAGAAUAAUGGGUUUGACUCAAAUUGUACUGGGAGGGCUUGUCAUAAUGGUAAGCAUUUUGAAUCUCUUUAGAUUCUACUCUGCCGGCUUUUUCAUGCGCACUGAGGAUGUAUGCAACCACUUUCGUGGGCCGAAGGAUGCUUAUGAAGGUUUCAAUAUACAAGUUUUAGCUGAUCGGGUUGAGGAGGUGCUUGCGAAGAUGGAAAACUUGCAGGACAAGCUCGAGGCCACCGUGCAACAAAUGGAGAAGGACAAAGAUGUUAUGGAUAAAACUAACAUUUCGAGAUUGGAGUACAAGAAGUUUUUAGAAGAGGAGGUUAUUCAUCCUCUCUAUAGUGCCCACAUUGCUCUUAGACAGAUCCGAUUGCCAAAGGUGGAAGGGAUCGGAAACUCAACAGUGAAGGAGGAACCUUUGAUUAAUUACUUCAUUAUAGAGGAGAUAAGGAAGUACAUAAGCCCAAAAGAGAAUCGACUUGGGAAGAUCAAUAUAUAUGGAACAGAGAGGAUAUACAACACAAUAGGGCAUGCAUGUGUGCUAUUGAAGAAAGAACUGGAGGAGUACAUGGACUAUGACAUUGGAUCUUAUUGCAAAGAUGACUGGAGCUUAGCCCAGAAACUGAUGAUUAAAGGAUGCGAUCCUUUGCCCCGGAGGCGGUGCUUGACAAGAGCCUCUAAGCUCUAUCACAAGCCUUACCCGAUCAAUGAGUCACUGUGGAAAUUGCCCGAUGGCAGAAAUGUGAGGUGGAGCCAUUACCAGUGCAGGAAUUUCGAGUGUUUGUCUAGCAAGAAUCCAAAGCGGGGCUACUCCAAGUGUACUGGUUGCUUUGAAAUGGGGAAGGAAAUGCUUAAAUGGGUCACCAACAGCUCACUUCCUAUUGAUUUCCUGAUCCGUGAUGUUUUAGCCAUCAAGCCUGGGGAGAUGAGGAUUGGUUUGGACUUUGGUGUUGGUACAGGGAGUUUUGCUGCAAGGAUGAGAGAGCAAAAUGUUACAAUUAUCUCAACAGCUCUUAAUCUAGGAGCUCCUUUCAAUGAGAUGAUUGCCCUAAGAGGCUUGCUUCCUCUGUAUGUGACAUUAAAUCAACGCCUCCCAUUCUUUGACAACACAAUGGACUUGAUUCAUACAGCUGGGUUUAUGGAUGGCUGGAUUGACCUGCAAAUGCUGGAUUUUAUCCUAUAUGAUUGGGAUCGGAUUUUAAGGCCGGGUGGCUUGUUAUGGAUUGACCGGUUCUUUUGUGAUCGGAAGGAUCUGGAUGACUUCAUGUACAUGUUUCUGCAGUUCAGGUACAAGAAACACAAGUGGGCUAUUUCUCCCAAAUCAAAGGAUGAGGUCUAUCUUUCUGCAUUAUUAGAGAAACCUCCUAGAUCUUUGUAAUCAUAGCAUGAAGCUACUAAUUAUUUGCUUGGUAUGUUGCUGAUCUUAAGUAUGCUAGUGAUAUACUUGUUUGAAAUUCAUGAUGACUGGAAAUUAAAAAUAUUUAAAAUACCGGAA